AUCGAGACUCUUUCGGCAUACAUGACUGCGUGUAGGUGCAGGAGCGGCGGGAGGCGCGCGGGCUGUAGAUGAGAGGGGAUUUUAGAGGCGCGCGCGGACAUGGGAGAGUCUCAGUCGAGGUCAGUGAUGCUUCACCAUCAGGACCUGAAAUCCGCCUUUGAGGACGCAGACGAUAGCUCCUCCCCCCUGAUGCAGAACAGCAAGUUUGACAAGGACAGGAACUUCAACUUCCUGGCCGAAAAAGGGGAUGACUGCCUCCCCGGAGACGAGAACCGGAACCAGAUGCGCCCCCGCAACCUGGCGUUGGGGCGCGACCCUCCGAGUUCCUCCUCGCCUUCCUCGGGGUUCCAGCUGAACACGGGUCUCAAGUCGCCCCGUUCUCGCCUCCCCUGCUGGAGAACGCUGGAGCCCCUCCCCGAAAUCGAGAGCGGCGAUGACGGAUAUGGUCGCGUUCCCCCAGACGGGGCAGAGGAGGAGAGGAUGGAGGAAGAGCAGGUGAUGAUGAUGAUGAAUCUGAGUGGCAAGAGGAAGGAGCACCAUGGGAAAAAAGGGGGCGGGAGGCAGGAUGAGGACGAGGAGCUGGAUGACGAAUGGGGAGACAGCGAUUCCGAGUCGGAGGUGAGGUGCCGGUCUGGCGGCAGUCAGUCAUCUCUCAAUAUGGAGAGCGGCGGAGAGGCGCCUACUUUUGGAGGUUGGGACCGCAUCGGGGUUGGGGAGCCCAAACUGGGUCAGACAGAUGAGGCGAGCAACCUGGAGGGGGCGCUGUGCCUCCCAGGUGACCAGUCCUCUGACUCGGAUGGCGAGCUGCCAGAACUGAUGGACACGGUGUGGACACUGCGCGACCGCGAGCGCUUCAAGGUGCAGGAGAUGGAGAAGCACCAGGCGCAGCUGACCAUGUACCGCCGGCUGGCGCUGAUCCGCUGGGUGCGCACGCUGCAGAGCCGCGUCCAGGAGCAGCAGAACCGCCUGCAGUCCAGCUUCGACGUCAUCCUCACCCACAGGAAGGAGCUGCUGCGCAUGGGAGCUGCCGCCGCUGUGGCAAGCCCCGCCCCCACAGCAGCUGUAGGCCAAUCAUAGCGAGAAUUUGAGGACAUAGAACUUUACGCCAACGACUGUCUCACAACUUCCUCUUUGUCCAUUUGUCCAGCUGAGAGCUGGAGUGCAGACGUGUCAAACGCGCACUUGAGAUGUAUUUGUGUGUUUGUCCUGAUGUGUGUAGAACCCCGAUCCCAAAAUCCUUUUCACCCUGAAAUGUUUCAUGAUUGUAAAUUAAAGAGGAUUUCUAAACCUCA